GCCUGCAAUGCACACGUGCCGGGCGGAGCUGUCCUGGCCCUAUCCAAGGACCCCUUAUCGUGGACAUGACCCUCGCCACGGAGCGUCAUGCGCGAUCAAGAGGAAAACUUCGAAGAAACGCCGAAGUGAUCCACAAAGCCCCACCCAAUUAAUAUCGGGAUUCCCUAUCUGCCUUCCGAGUCUUCCAUCGCCGCUGAAGCUUUUUUCGCCAAGUUUUUGUAUUAUUUCACGUCGUCUGAUCAAGGCGGAUCGCGUAAGACCUGGAUGCAUGUGCUACUUGAGCUGUCCAAUAACAGACAUGAGGCUUUGGACCUGGCAGUCAAAGCCACGAGUACUGCCUUCUGUGCUAUGGAACUCGCAAAUCCAGCAGUGCUGAGAGAGGCGUGUAAACUCUACGGCAGAGCCCUCGCUGCACACUCGUCUUGCCUCACAAAAGAAAGAAGCAACCCCAAUAUUCACAAUAUUGGGUUGAUAUGUACGUCAGUGGUGCUCUCGCUCUACGAGGCGAUGGAUGGAACUUCAUCAGCUGGAUUUAUUAGCCACAUCACUGGCUCUACUAUAUUGAUGGAGUUGGCCUUGUUGGAAGGCCACUCUCAGUGUUUGCUGCAAGAAGUUCUCUACUACGUUCGGUUCCAUCAAACCUUUCUCUCAUUAUUGGGACGCUCAGACACCCCCCAUUCGUCAAACCCGCUCUCGUACAUAGGCCUCUCUGACAAAGUCCCAACCGUCCAGCGUCUUUUGAAUCUCGCAUCUGUUUUGCUGACUUUCUACCCAUCCGCGCCAAUGCCCCAAAUUCCAGAUGCUGUGAUCCUCUCCCAAAUUUCCAAAGCCAUUGACGAUCUGUGGCUAGAAUACACCACAACAAGCGCCCGCCUCUCCUCUAAUACUAUCACUUGGACCGACUCAUCUGGCGUCCACUACCGCGAUGCCAUGACUGCCCUCAUCCUCAUGUACUUCAGCGCCGUGCAUGUCCUUCAUGCGCUGGCAUCAUCUUCGUCGGAACACGAACUUGAUGCAUACAGCACAGCCGACGUGAUUGACUACCAUGCGAGGAUCCUGAACGCUGCAGCUUUCUUGUACCAGAAACGCAUUGGCUGUGCGUACAACCGGAUGUCGCUCCCGCUCUAUCUAGUUGCCGUGCAUGGCCCCUUGGCGGUGCAGCGGAUGCAUGCAAGGAACUACUUUGAGCAUUGGCGGCUGGGCGGGACGAUGGCGGGGAUUAGCAAGCUUGCCCUGGAAAGAAUGGAGGAGGUUGAGACCACGCAGCCUCUAUUCGAUAACCGGGGUCUUGAAAUGAAGCUACCGGCGAGGCUUGGUGUUGCUGGUUGAGAGCACCGAGGCCGGACGAAGCUAUUCAGAUGUUCUAUUUCAAAACCUGAAAGUAAGAGCACUUGGUCUCUCCUCAUUCUACGAAAAAAGAAAAUACCCCAUCCACCCAUAUUUCAAGAUGCAGGGGCCGUGCAAGGCGACCAAGAUGAAACCCGCCGCUAAUCCAAAACGGGUAACUUCAGCUAGCGGGAUCAACUUCAGCCUCUUCGGAUCUCUAACCUGGACUGGGAAUGUCUAG